CUCUGCGAGGCAAAAAAGAGAAAUUUCCGCUUCCUGCACCGACAAACAACUGAACUAACGCAACUUGAGGAACAUUCGCACCCGCGGCUCCCACGGCGGAACCGAGCCUCGCUCCCCGCGGACGGACGGAUGAUCGCGCUGCGGUAGCGUUAGCGGAUCGGCGCCCCGAAAACAGCCGCUUUAUUCGGGCUUUUCCUGCAUUGUUUUCAAACAUAAGGAUCCUCCAGUUAUGUCGGAGCGGGGAGGGCUCCCGAGGACUGGAGGCGUACCGUCUCCGCAGCCCUCCAAACCGGUGGCCAUCACCUCCAAUCGGCCGGUGCACAUGAACCUGUUUGCCACCUGGGAAGUGGACCGGUCCUCCCCGAGCUGCGUGCCGAGGCUCUUCAGUCUGACUCUGAAGAAGCUGGUGAUGCUGAAGGAGCUGGAUAAAGACCUGACGUCUGUGGUCAUCGCUGUCAAACUACAGGGCUCAAAGCGAAUCCUUCGCUCCAAUGAGAUCCAGUUGCCAUCGAGCGGACAAACAGAGACAGACCUGCAGCUCACCUUCUCCUUACAGUAUCCGCACUUCCUGAAACGAGACGCCAACAAGCUGCAGAUCAUGUUGCAGAGGAGAAAGAGAUACAAGAACAGAACCAUCCUGGGCUACAAGACACUGGCGCUCGGCCUCAUCAACAUGGCAGAGGUGAUGCAGCACCCCACAGAGGGCGCUCAGGUUCUGGCUCUGCACAGUCAGCUGAAGGAGGUGUCGCUGCCGGUGGCCGAGAUCAGGGUUUACUCUCUGUCCAGCCAGCCCAUCGACCACGAGGGGCCCAAAGCCAAGAUGAACGACCGUUCUCCAGACAUUGACAACUACUCUGAGGAAGAGGAGGAGAGUUACUCUUCAGAGCAGGAGGGCAGUGACGACCCUGUACACCAUUAUCUGGAUGAUGAAGAGGAUGAAGUGAGGAAGAAGAAGCCCAGACGCAAACUUACCUCCAACGCCUCCAUCACUCGACAACCCAACAUCAAGCAGAAGUUUGUGGCUCUGCUGAAGAGGUUUAAGGUGUCAGAUGAGGUGGGCUUCGGACUGGAGCACGUGUCCCGUGAGCAGAUCCAGGAGGUGGAGGAGGAUCUGGACGAGCUCUACCAGAGUCUGGAUAUGUACAAUCCCAGCGACAGCGGGCCGGAGAUGGAGGAGACCGACAGCAUCCUGAGCACUCCUAAACCCAAACUCAGGCCAUUCUUUGAGGGAAUGUCUCAGUCCAGCUCUCAGACAGAGAUCGGCAGCUUGAACAGUAAAGGCAGCGUCAGCAGAGACCCCUUCAGCCCACAGGGAGAGCAGCCACCAUCAGAUAAACUCAAACACUCGCGCAGCAGAAACCUGGACGAGCCGCUGUCUGAGACCGACACACUGGAACUGAAUGAUCAGGAUCUGUUCACUGAGGUCGGUCCCAGUAUUACAGUUUCUGUGGCCGAAAAACCACGAACACCACUGAAAACCAGCAAGAACGAGAUCCAGUCCAUGCCGUCGCCCAGGCUGGAUGGAGGACACACACCUCGUAAACGCAACACUCCUGUGAAAGAUCGGCAGCUCUCCAAACCUCUGAAUGAACGAACCAACAGCUCAGACAGCGAGAGAUCUCCUGAGCUCGGACACAGCACACAGGUCCUCAGGAAGGCUGUCUAUGAUCAGCUGAAUCAGAUUCUGUUAUCUGACGCUGCUCUUCCUGAAAGUCUCAUCCUGAUUAACGGCACAGACUGGCAGGGACAGUAUGUUGCGGAGCAGCUGCAGGUUCAGAAGCAUCCUGUGGUUUGCACGUGUUCUGGUGCAGAGAUUCAGGCCGUACUCUCAGCUUUGCUCACACGGAUACAGAAAUUCUGUAACUGUAACUCGUCGAUGCCGCGGCCGGUGAAGGUGGCAGUGGUCGGUGGUCAGAGUUAUCUGGGCUCAGUGCUGCAGUUCUUCGUCACUCAGCUCGCCAAUAAGACCUCCGACUGGCUCAAUCACAUCCGCUUCCUGGUCGUGCCUCUGGGUUCUCAUCCUGUUGCUAAGCACCUGGGUGCCCUUGACAACCGAUACAGCGCAGCCUUUCUGGAUGGAGCCUGGAGAGACCUGUUCAACCGCUCAGAGCCGCCACAGACAGAUUCAGUGGACGUGGCUGCUCGUGUGGCUCAGUACAUCAGCGGAGCGGCUCUCACACACCAGCUGCCCAUCGCUGAAGCCAUGCUGACCUGCAAACACAGAACGAGGGAUGAAGACUCCUACCAGAAGUUCAUCCCGUUCAUCGGGGUGGUGAAGGUGGGUUUGAUUGAGCCGGGUCAGUCUUCAGCAGGCGAUGCAGAAGAGGGCGUGGCUGUGAGUUUGGCUGUCCCCUCCACGUCUCCGCCUUCGCACGGCUCCCCCGCCAGUCUUAAAGAAACAGCGACGCCGCCCUCAUCCCCGUCCAUCGGAGGUGGUCUGGCUGUGCAGGGGAGCCCCAGCAUGUCUCAUGCAGUGGACGCCAUCGGGCUGCAGGUGGAUUACUGGCUGGCGUCUCUGGCAGACAAGCGGCGUGAGGGCGAGCGCAGGGACACCGGCUGUAAAAACACUCUGAAGAGCGCCUUCUGGUCUCUGCAGGUCAGCCGUCUGCCAGGAGGAGCCGCCAGCGAAACACAGCCGCACGUCAACACUAUGGCCAUGACGGUGGUCACCAAAGAGAAGAACAAGAAGGUUCCCACUAUUUUCCUGGGGAAGAAGCCUAAAGAGAAGGAGAUGGACUGCAAGAGUCAGGUGAUCGAGGGCAUCAGUCGGCUCAUCUGUUCAGCCAAACAGCAGCAGACCAUCCUCAAAGUCACCAUUGAUGGAGGAGAGUGGAACGACGUGAAGUUCUUCCAGUUGGCCGCGCAGUGGCCGACUCACGUCAAGUAUCUGCCGGUGGGAUUAUUCGGCUACAGCAAACCUGCCUCCUAGAACCGCCCAUUUUCCUAACCCCGCCUCUUCAACCUCCAAACCGACGCCCCAUUGCACACCGUUCCCGCCACUCAAAGAAUGCUGGCCAAUCAGAGUUGAGACAGGACUCUCUCCUGUGACAGACGGUCUGCUGGGAGGGUGGAGUUGAAGACGUCCCAUAGACUUUUAUCAGCGCUAGUCACUUUUAUUUAUCAAAGGUCCCAGAGCCACUUAUGGGGGCCAAGCACAAAUUUGGAUACAACACCGGUCAGUCAUCAGCCUGGCUAUUUAACAGCAUGACACUGCUUAAUGAGUCACCUCGAAUAUGACCCGUAACAUCGCUAAUGUCUUUCGUCAUUGGCCGCAUAACCAGCAUAAACAAGAAAUGCAGCCAAAAUCUACCAUGGUAACAGUAUUUGCCAAAAAUAUAUAUAUAUUUGAAGAGAUAGUACACCCAAUAAAUCCAAUUCUGUCAUCCUUUACACCUAAUUAACUCAAAGGACAAUAUGCAUUAACACUUUACUUGAAGGGGUGUUCAUAAGACUGUCGUGACGCAUUUAUAAUCAUGACAUGACACACGGCAUCUCAAACAAGGUCAUCUUUUUAUUUAAAAAGACAUGACUGAGCUAAUAACACUUAAUGACAGUUGUCACAAGCAAACAUAAAAUGUCAUUCAUGUUCAUGAUAUGUCAUGAUCAUAAGCUUGUCAUGACAGUCUUAUGAACACCGCCUUCAAGUAAAGUGUUGCCAGAUAAGGUUUCCGAAAGUAUAUCUGGUAACACUUUACUAGAAGGAGUGUUCGUAAGACUGUCAUGACACAUUUAAAAUCAUGACAUGACACACGGCAUGAAUAUGAAUGAGUAUUUAUGCAUGCUUAUGACAACUGUCUGUAAGUGUCAGUUAUGUCAUUUUAAAUCUAAAGAUGACAUUGUUUGAAAUCUCUUUGUUAUGAAAACUUGACAUUACAAUGAUAAUAACUUGUCAUAAACAUGACAUUUAUUUACAUUUUAAUGGCAGAUUCUGUAGUUGAGCUCAAGACAAAUAUUAAUGGCACACAUAAAAAUCAUAACACAAUUAUAGAGGUCUAAUGACAAUCAUGUUUAUGACAGGUUUAUGACAACUUAUGAUGUUUUAUUGUCAAGAUGUCAUAACUACAAAGACAGGUUAUGAUAUAUUUAUGUCAAGUCGUCAUAUCGAAGACAUCUCAAACAAUGUCAUCUUUUUAUUUAAAAAGACAUGACUGAGCUAAUAACACUUAAUGACAGUUGUCACAAGCAAACAUAAAAUGUCAUUCAUGUUCACGAUAUGUCAUGAUCAUAAGCUUGUCAUGACAGUCUUAUGAACACCGCCUUUAAGUAAAGUGUUGCCAGAUAUGGUUUCCAAAAGUAUAUCUGGUAACAAUUUACUAGGGGGGGUGUUCAUAAGACUGUCAUGACACUUUAUAAUCAUGACAUGACACACGGCAUCUCAAACAAUGUCAUCUUUUUAUUUAAAAAGACAACUGAGCUAAUAACACUUAAUGACAGUUGUCACAAGCAAACAUAAAAUGUGUGUGUUCCUAAGACUGUCAUGACACAUUUAUAAUCAUGACAUGACACACGGCAUGAAUAUGAAUGAGAUUUUAUGCAUGCUUAUGACAUCUGUCUGUAAGUGUCAGUUAUGUCAUUUUAAUUCUAAAAAUGACAUUGUUUGAAAUCUCUUUGUUAUGACAACUUGACAUUACCAUGAUAAUAACUUGUCAUAAACAUGACUGUCAUGAGGCCAUUAUAAUUGUCAUGAAUAUGAACAUUUAUUUACAUUUUAAUGACAGAUUCUGUAGUUGAGGUCAAGACAAAUAUUAAUGGCACAUAAAAGUCAUGACACAAUUAUAAAGGUCUAAUGACAAUCAUGUUUAUGACAACUUAUGAUGUCUUAAUGUCAGGUUGUCAUAACAACUACAAAGACGGGUUAUGAUAUAUUUAUGUCAAGUCGUCAUAUCGAAGACAUGUCAAACAAUGUCAUCUUUUUAUUUAAAAAGACAUGACUGAGCUAAUAACACUUAAUGACAAAUGUCACAAGCAAACAUAAAAUGUCAUUCAUAUUCAUGAUGUGUCAUGUCAUGAUUAUAAAGGCCUCAUGACAGUCUUAUGAACACCGCCUUCCGAAUGUUUCCGAAUGUAUAUCUGGUAACACUUUUCAAGAAGGGGUGUUCAUAAGAUUGUCGGGACACAUUUAUAAUCAUGACAUGACACACCGCAUGAAUAUGAAUGAGAUUUUAUGCAUGCUUAUGACAACUGUCUUUAAGUGUCAGUUGUGUCUUUUUAAAUGCAAAGAUGACAUUGAAAUGUCUUUCUGACAACUUGACAUUAAUUAGCAAGACAACAUGACUGUCAUAAAUCUGUCAUAAACAUUACUGUCACAAGGCCAUUAUAACUGUGUCAUGAAUAUAAACACAUGGCGUUUAUUUGUAUUUUAAUGACAAAUUCCAUAGUUGAGGUCAAAAACAAAUUAAUGCACACAUAAAAUUUCUGACAAUUAUAAAGGUCUAAUGACAAUCAUGUUUAUGACAGAUCUAUGACAAGUCAUGAUGUCAAGUUGUCAAAACAACUACAAAGACAGGUUAUGAUAUAUUUAUGUAAAGUUUUAAUAACAAAGUAAUCUCAAACAAUGUCAUAUUUGUAUUUAAAAUGACAUAACUGGCUAAUAACACUUAAUGACAGUUGUCAUAAGCAAACAUAAAAUGUCAUUCAUAUUCAUGAUGUGUCAUGAUCAUGAACUUGUCAUGACAGUCUUAUGAACACCGCCUUCAAGUGUUGCCAGAUAUGGUAUCUGAAAGUAAUAACAAUGUCAUCUUUGUAUUUAAAAAGACAUGACUGAGCUAAUAACACUUAAUGACAGUUGUCACAAGCAAACAUAGAAUGUCAUUUAUAUUCAUGACAUGUCAUAAUUAUAAACUUGUCAUGACAAUCUUAUGAACACUGCCUUCAAGCAAAGUGUUGCCAGAUAAGAUUUCCAAAAGUAUAUCUGGUAACAAUUUACUAGAAGCGGUGUUCAUAAGACUGUCAUGAAACCUUUAUAAUCAUGACAUAAACAAUUCUUUAGUGUUGAACAGAAGAGUUAAUGUUCAUUUUUGGGUGAACUGUCCCUUUAAAUGAAAUGAUAACACAUGAAGACAGGAGCUUUCAGAGAAGUGGUGGAUUCUGUGGAUUACCAUGGUCAUUUUUUGUAAACAAUGUUUUCGUCCCAUUUGAGGAAACUAAAAGCACCAAUUAUUAUUCUAAAACUAUAAAAGCUCACUUUUUUUAAUCAAGUGGGCGGGGUUACAUGCCAACGCCACACCCAUUAUUGGAGGCGGGGCUAUAAGAUGCCCAUCAGCCGACUGAUGAGUUUUACAAACAUCCUAACAAAAAAAUAAUCAGCUUUUCUUUUGUCCCCCUCCCUUUCCUCUAAAUGCAUUGUUGACCUGCAUGUCUUAAACUACAUCACCCAUAAUGCACCAAGUUAACAAGCGUAAUAUUAACACUAGUUCACCUGCGCACAUGCUGGCGUUUCAUUUACAGAAGGCUGAAAUCAAAUACUAGUUCACAUUUAUAUGAAGGUUCUCUCUGUCGAAUAAUUUCCGAUUUAGUUUUAUAGACGUUUUACACUCAGUAUGCUUUUACGUGUCAGUUUAUCAUUUGUUUUUUAAAAGUGUCCUUUUAGCUUAAGUAUGUAGCUCAUCUAAAUGUUUUUUAUUUAGUUUUUGUAAAACCAUCUCCAAAGAUCUCUGGCCAAUCAGAAUGUAAACAUGACAGGAUAAAGAAGAGCUAAGUCGCCUUCGAAACAUGAAGAUUUAAGGACAUUAAACAAAUCAGCACAAGGCCUGACAUUGAUAUUGGAUGAAUAUGGAGACUGGGGAGGAUGUAGUUGUAUUGCUUCUGUUGAUUCUCGCGUGCAUCUUUACAACUGGUUUAGGGCUUCAUGUUUGUCAAAUGCUAUGCACUUAAAAUCGCCUUCAUUUCUUCAUAUCUUCGUCCAAAGCACAAGAAAAUGCCCAGUUAAAACACACGAUUCAUGCGUAAUGCCUGUAUGCGCCUCAAAAAUGAUUUUCUUACUUAAUAUCUUUGUUUUAAUUCAUAUUUUCCAGUGCAAAUCUAAAUAUUCUUAAACCAGUUAUACCAACAUUUUUCACUGUAGAAAGCAAUUAGUUGACCUAACUUUUAAAAAGUGAGUAAAACCAUUGCUUUUAAACUGAUUGGUUGACUUUGCUUAAUAAAAAUGAGUAAACUGAUUGGUUUUAAAUGAUUAGUUGACUUUACUCAAUAAAAGUAAGUAAACUCAUUGGUUUUAAAGCGAUUAGUUGACUUUACUCAAAAAAGUGA